AAGCUGGGACCUGUCAGGAAAAAAGUUUAAUGACCGUGCUCUGGAAUGGCUGAUAAUCAGGAAGGACGUCCUUAUUUUCCAUUAGAUGAAGGCUCAAUCAUUGAAGGAGUAAGCGAUCAAGUGAUUGUUGUUGUUUUACUCAGCUUUGUUGCUGUUGGUUCACUUUUAUAUCUGCUUUUAAGAAAUGAUGAGCAAAACAUUCACCCAGAAAAUCAAGACAGGGUCAGAGCUGUUCGUGAACAGUUGCAAAACGAACAAGAAACUCCUCCUCCACCUCGCCCUCAGUUCUACUCUGAUAUGACAUGUCCAGUGUGUUUACAACAAGCUACAUUUCCAGUAGAAACAAACUGUGGACAUCUUUUUUGUGGCUCAUGUAUUAUUGCCUACUGGAGGUAUGGUUCAUGGCUUGGAGCAAUCAACUGUCCUAUUUGCCGUCAAACGGUGACAUUAAUAUUUCCAUUGUUUCAAGCAACGGAACAGGAAGACUCCCAAAAUAUACUCCGGGAAGCCAUUGGUUACAAUCGAAGGUUUUCAGGACAACCUCGCUCUCUCAUGGACAGAAUUAUGGAUUUGCCCACUUUGCUGCGCCAUGCCUUCCGUGAGAUGUUCUCUGUUGGUGGGCUGUUUUGGAUGUUCCGGAUUAGAAUUGUCCUGUGUCUGCUUGGAGCCCUAUUCUACCUGGUUUCACCCUUGGACAUUAUUCCCGAGGCUGUUUUUGGUCUUCUUGGAUUUCUGGAUGAUUUCUUUGUAUUAUUUUUAUUACUAAUAUACAUCUCCAUUAUGUAUCGAGAAGUGGUGACACAGAGAUUGUAUAGAUGAAAUACUGGGUGGGGAAGGGGGUUUUGUUUUAUACUUGGGAGCCUUUAACAUUCUAUGCAGCAACAUCUUGAUUAAAGAUGCAGUGACAUAACUGGAAUUCUGAACCACAACUGUAGCAUUGUGCUUAAUAGCAAUAUUUGGCUUAAUUUCUCUUACAUAUAAAGUAUUGCUAUGGGAACAGUGAAAGAAUAUGUUUACAUAAGUGUGCACUAUAAAGUUCCCACAGUAAAUACUGUAAGCAAAAACAUUUUAAAUGUUCUAUUGUUUUCCUAGAACUGAAAUAUUAUCUGUACAGGACUGGAGUGGAUGAUUUCUUUUCAUACCUACACAGUACCUACUCCGUAGUUUAAUAUACACUGCUAUUGUCAUUUAUGUUAACUUUGUAUUUGCGAAAAGCACAAUGGAACAUAUACCAUCACUAAAACUGCAGUUCAGAAAAUAUAUGUGAAUGUUUUUGAAAAUGUUAAAAAAAAAAUAAUAAUAAAUAGAAGAACA